GGCGCCCGGAGAUGGUGAUCUGCUGCGCGGCGGUGAACUGCUCCAACCGGCAGGGCAAGGGCGAGAAGCGGGCCGUGAGCUUCCACAGGUUCCCCCUUAAGGAUUCAAAACGCCUGAUCCAGUGGCUGAAAGCAGUUCAGAGGGAUAACUGGACCCCCACCAAGUAUUCCUUCCUCUGCAGUGAGCAUUUCACCAAAGAUAGCUUCUCGAAGAGGCUGGAGGACCAGCACCGACUUCUCAAACCCACAGCUGUGCCAUCCAUCUUUCACUUGGCAGAGAAGAAAAAAAGUGCUCGAGGUCAUGUCCGAAGUAGGAGGAAGGAGGCUGGCCAGCCUCCCGGGGAUGUGAGGGAACCCCAGGAGGAGGCGGCGUGUGAAGUUAUCGAACGUUCACUGUCUGCGGAUGAAGAGCCGAUGGUAAAAGAAGAGGUUGGAAACAUGGAACGAGCAGCAAGCCCGUCUGAGCAGGGGGUGGAGAGGCCCACCCCGAUGGAAGGGGCUCCGGGGAGGACUUCUGCUGACAGUUUGGCCAUUGAGCCCAGUGCCCCGAGAAAGCCGGAGAGACCUGCUCUGGGGGGCUGCGCUGAACCCAGUGCCCAAGCUGGGGCUUGGAAUACAGACAAGAGCGGCAUCUCCAUUGAUGACUUUACUCCUCUGGGAUCAGGGGCGUGCAAAUUUAUUGGCUCCCUCCACUCGUACAGCUUCUCCUCUCGGCACACUCGAGAGAGGCCCUCCCUUCCAAAAGAGCAGCUGGACAGGAAAAGACUCAAGAGAGACGUGGAGCCGGGCUGCAGCCGCAGCAGCGUGGUGCCCGGCACGUGCUUGGCGGAGAGCGCCCCGACUUCCUCGUUGACCGCUACGCCUCAGAAGCCUUCCCAGAGCUCAUCGGCGCCUCCGCCGGACGUCACUCCGAAGCCCGCCACGGAAGCCGUGCUCGGUCAGAAGGGAGACACGGACGCCAACCCCAUGUCCAUUAACGAGGUCAUCAUGUCGGCGUCGGGGGCGUGCAAGCUCAUCGACUCCCUCCAUUCCUACUGCUUCUCCUCUCGGCCCAGCAAGAGCCAGGUGUGCUGCCUGCGGGAACAGGUGGAGAAGAAGAACGGCGAGUUGAAGCUGCUGAGGCAGAGGAUUAGCCGCUCGGACAACCAAGUGAAGAAGCUGCGGGAGAAGCUGGAGGAGGUCAGGAGACUCACGCUCCCCUACUUGAAUGGCCUUUUGGCCCCGGACUGUGAGCCCCCUAAGAUGAACCCUAGCAUUGAGCCUCUCUCCUGGUUGCUGGGCACCUGGCUCUCUGAACCCCCGGGAGACGGCAUCUACCCGACCCUGCAGCCUUUCCAUUACCUGGAGGAGGUGCACAUCACUCACGUAGGCCAGCCAAUGCUGAACUUCUCGUUCAAUGCCUUCCAUCCAGACACUAAGAAGCCAAUGCACAGAGAGUGUGGAUUCAUCCGUCUCAAGCCUGAUUCCAACAAGGUGGCCUUUGUCAGCGCCCAAAACACAGGUAUUGUCGAAGUGGAGGAGGGCGAAGUGAAUGGGCAGGAGCUGUGUAUAGCGUCUCACUCAAUCGCCCGGAUCUCCUUUGCUGCAGAGCCCCGCGUGGAGCAGAUCAUGCGCAAGUUCCGGCUGAACGCUGAAGGGAGACUGGAGCAGACGGUCUCCAUGGCAACCACCACCCAGCCAAUGACUCAACAUCUUCACAUCACCUACAAGAAAGUGACACCUUAAGGGGGCAGAGCACGGAGGAUGACUGAAUGUGGUGGCUUCAGCUCGGGUGGGGCAGCUCAGGAAAGUGAUGCGGGAAAGACUCCUGCUCCAGAAGGGGGGUCGUGAAACUGUCCCAGGACCCCAAAAUGGCACAGAGAAACCAAAUAAAACCCCUUUAUUUUUAUGGCUGUGGUUUUGAACGUC